UGUAGUUUUUAGAUUAGAUAUGUUGUCAUAUUUUCCACAGGUGGGCUACAGCAUCCGUUUUGAGGACUGUACGUCAGAACACACCAUCCUGAAGUACAUGACUGAUGGCAUGUUACUCAGAGAGUUUCUUACAGAGCCCGACCUCGCCAGCUACAGUGUGAUCAGCAUCGAUGAGGCCCACGAGCGAACGUUACACACAGACAUCCUCUUCGGUCUAAUCAAAGACAUUGCACGUUUCCGCCCUGACCUGAAGGUUCUGGUGGCCAGCGCCACUCUGGACACAGAACGCUUCUCUUGCUUCUUUGACGAUGCACCCGUAUUUAGGAUUCCAGGUCGUAGGUUUCCUGUGGACAUCUACUACACAAAGGCUCUGGAGGCUGACUACCUAGAAGCAUGUGCUGUGUCAGUGCUACAGAUCCAUGUCACUCAGCCGGCUGGAGACGUACUGGUCUUCCUCACUGGACAGCAGCUUUACGCCUUGGGUGCCCUUAACCACCUCGGUGAACUUACUAAGCUUGGCCGAAGGAUGGCUGAACUUCCUGUGGACCCCAUGCUGAGUAAAAUGAUUCUGGCUUCUGAACAUUAUAAGUGCUCUGAGGAGAUUCUGACCAUUGGCCAUGCUGCGGCCAUGCUGUCAGUGAACAACUCCAUCUUCUACCGGCCCAAGGACAAAGUGGUUCAUGCCGACAAUGCUCGAAUGAACUUUGUGGUACCAGGAGGAGAUCACAUUGUGCUGCUCAUUGUAUAUACACAGUGGGUAGAGAGUGGUUACUCCACGCAGUGGUGCUUCGAGAACUUCAUCCAGUUUCGCUCCAUGAAGACAGCUCGAGAUGUCCAUGAUCAGCUGGAGGGGUUGAUGGACAGGAUCGAGGUGGAACUGUGCAGCUGCAACGGUGAAAGUGUGCCCAUUCACAAGGCGGCGACUGCAGGAUAUUUCUACAACACGGCACGCUUGAGCAAAGGGGGUUAUAAAACAGUCAAACACCAGCAGACUGUUUACAUCCAUCCCAACAGCUCACUCUUUGAGGAACAGCCACGUUGGAUGAUCUACCACGAGCUGGUCUUCACCACCAAAGAGUUCAUGAGACAGGUGAUAGAGAUUGAAAGUGGCUGGCUGCUGGAAGUGGCUCCUCAUUAUUAUAAGAACAAAGAACUGGAGGACGGCAGCAGUAAGAAGAUGCCCUGCAAACAAGGCAAAGCCCGUGAAGAGCUAGGCUGAUCCUGAGAUCCGACGAGCAAGAGACUCUUCCAGCCAAUAUUACUACACUGAUUCUGCACAGGAGAUCAGCGAUGUGAGAAACUCCAUCAGUGUUCAUCUGGAAAUUAUCAGACGUCUCCUAUUUUGGAGACUCCUAAUUUUUACGUUUCAGCUAAAGUUGUUUUCAUAAAAAAGAUAUUGAAAUAUAUUUUUGAUUACAAGUA